AUGGCAUUUGACAGAACGGAAAGAUUCGUAAAACGAGCCACGACGACUUCGGCUCGAAUAGGUCCAGGGAUUUAUGACAUAUCAGAUCCAUCAAAGCCAAUUCGAGAUCCAGACAAUGCUUAUCCAUUUUUGAGCGGAGCGAGCAGGCAGAUACUCAGCAUACCAAAAGACGCGCAUAAGUUUCCAGGUCCUGGCUGUUACAAUAUAGAGACACCACGGAAACAUAUACCAGAACGUGCAUUUUUCCUAUUCAUGCCUCAUUUAUUCACAAUUUUUCUGCUCCAUAUCGGCAAAUAUAUAUGUUCUAUGGGAUUUAAUAAUUUACAGGGUGGCGUUAGUAUCGAUUACACCGAUGUUAGAAUUAAAGAAAAAGUAUAUGAAGGACCAGGUCCAGCAGAAUACACUUUGCCGGACGAUUUGUUUAAGAAAAUAUCUCGAAAAAUAAGAUCUCCUCCGAGCACUUGCCAUGCCGGUCCCGCAGGCAAACUAUGGCUCGUUCGUCCUCCACGGCCUAAGUAUGCAACAGGCCUAUCUGUUCCUUCGAAACGUGACGUCGGCGGAUACGACUAUGAUGAACGCGGCGUGCUUAUGAAAAAUCCGGUCAUCGAGCACAAACCAACCGAUUUUUACGAUGUUCCUCGAGGGGAGACAAACUUUACUACUCUGAAGUACAAAGGAAACUUUUGGAGCAGAAUGAAGGGUAGAGAUGACGAACGGACUUCCGUGACCCCGGCUCCUGGGGACUAUGAGCACGAGACAAAGAAAAGUCCCGCCCAAAUUCACAAUGAGAGAACUAGGGAAGCGAGAAGAGCCGCCUCUAAGCAGCCGCGUUUCUUGGAAGCUUUGUGCCAACAAAAAUUACGCCAAAACUUUCCGGCUCCGAAUCAUUACGAUCUAUCAAAAAAAGUGUUUCGCAAAUACGUACGUAUUCCAUAUUUUAAAUUGGAUAUGCCUGGACCUGGAGAAUACGAAAACGUGGUUCGACAGAUAUGUUACGGCUCUAUUCUACACGCACCUUUUGGCACUUUUAGUACUCGUUUUAAAAGAGUCCGUGAGGAAACGACACCAGGACCUACGGAUUACCACACAGAAGUCGGAAAUUUAAGCUUUGAAUCUGCAAAACGUUUUAAGACUAAGUAUGAGAAAAUGUUUGAUUACAUAAAGUUUUAUAAAACACUGACAUCGUUAAGCGACGAUGAUGAAUGUACGUUAACCGAUGAAUGGAAAAUAAUAGAAGAAAAAUGUUCGGUAUAUCAUGCAGUCUUUAAAUCAAGAGUGGAUAGAUUUCCAAAAGUUCGAGAUGAUGUGCCGGAUCCAGGUGCUUACGAAGCUUUAUCAGCCUUCAAGGCUAAUCGUGAUAGAUGCGAUUUUCUUUGCCCAGAAUUAAUCCCAUCCUUCGGUUCACGCGCCUGUCGAUUUCCGAUGAGACUAAAAUGUGAUUUUCAUGUACCAGGUCCAGCACACUACAAUCUCAGCGGAGACAUAUCAAAGAACGUAAAGAAUGGCGUGAUAUGUUACUCUCCUCGUGAAAGAAAGGAAGAUAUCAAAGGACCAGCACCAUGGCAUUAUCACAUUCAUCCAUACAUUGAAUCAUCCGUUCUGAAGAAAUCAUUUAAUGUCACUCUGGGGAAGAUCGUAGCUAAGAUCAAUACUGCGAAAGUGGGAAAUGGUCGACGGCAAAACAUGUUCACUGAACUGUAA